CGCUGAAGUGUCAGUGUUGCAGUAAACAUGGCCACCUUGGCAGAUGUCGGCUGGAAGCUGCUGGAGUUUAAAGCCAGAUCCAAACGCUCAGAGUUUCAGUAGAGUUGUAGUGUAACUGAGAGAGGAUUGCGGUAGAGCUCGUCUAACGAAACAUGGCCACCACUGCCAAUGAGAAUUCCAGUCCGCGGCACAAACUCAACAGAUAUGGCUCCAUUUAUGAACCCCUCAAGCUGUCCAUCCUGCACCACGAGGACGAGCCACUGUGGGAGAAACUGGACCGUUCCUACAAUGCAGUUAAGUCCACUAUACUGAACUAUCAGAGUCCCACCACUGGGCUGUUCCCAGUGAAGACGUGCUCUGACUGUAAGGAGGCGAAGGUGAGGGACUCUCUGUACUGCGCGGCGAGCGCCUGGGCUCUGGCGAUGGCCUACAGGCGUAUUGAUGACGAUAUGGGCCGAACGCACGAGCUGGAGCAUUCUGCUAUCAAGUGCAUGCGGGGGAUCCUGUACUGCUACAUGAGGCAGUCAGACAAGGUGGAGAGGUUUAAGCAGGAUCCGAAUCCGUACACAUGUCUGCACUCCGUGUUCAACGUGCACACCGGAGACGAGGUGUAUUUGUACGAUCAGUACAGCCACCUGCAGAUCGAUGCCGUGUCUCUGUUCCUCCUCUACCUGGUGGAGAUGAUUUGUUCUGGUCUCCAGAUCAUCUACAACACUGAUGAGGUGUCUUUUAUCCAGAACCUGGUGUUCUGCGUGGAGAGGGCGUAUCGCGUGCCGGACUUUGGGAUGUGGGAAAGAGGGAGCAAAUACAACAACGGCAGCACUGAACUCCACUCCAGUUCUGUUGGGCUGGCCAAAGCAGCGCUCGAGGCCAUCAAUGGAUUCAACCUGUUUGGAAAUCAGGGAUGCUCCUGGUCGGUGAUUUUCGUGGAUUUGGAUGCUCACAACCGCAACCGGCAGACCCUCUGCUCCCUGCUGCCCAGAGAGAGUCGAUCACAUAACACGGAUGCUGCCCUCUUGCCCUGUAUCAGCUACCCAGCCUUCGCAGUGGACGACGACGCUCUUUACAGCCAAACGCUGGACAAGAUCGUCCGGAAGCUGAAGGGGAAGUAUGGCUUCAAGCGCUUCCUCCGAGAUGGCUACAGGACGGCCAACGAGGACAAGAACCGGAGAUACUACAGACCGGCAGAGAUGAAGCUGUUUGAUGGCAUCGAGUGCGAGUUUCCCAUAUUUUUCAUCUACAUGAUCAUUGACGGGGUGUUCAGGGGAAACCCGGCGCAGGUCAAGGAAUACCAGGAGCUGCUGCAGGACGUCGUUUUCCAGUCCUAUGAUGGCCAUGCCGUCAUCCCCAAGUACUACUACGUGCCGGCGGACUUUGUGGAGGCUGAGCAGAAGAAGCACGGCAGCCAGAAGCGUUUCCCUAGCAACUCGGGCCGCGAUGGGAUGCUGUUCCUCUGGGGUCAGGCUCUGUACAACAUCGCCAAGCUGCUGGUGGACGGUCUGAUCAGCCCUAAGGAUAUCGACCCCAUCCAACGCUACGUCCCACGGCAGGACCAGAGGAACGUCAGCAUGAGAUACUCCAAUCAGGGUCCCAUUGAAAAUGAUGUGGUGAUCCAUGUGGCGCUUAUUGCAGAGAGUCAAAGGUUGCAGGUUUUCCUGAACACGUAUGGCAUCCAGACGCAGACCCCCCAGCAGGUGGAGCCCAUUCAGAUCUGGCCUCAGCAGGAGCUGGUAAAGGCAUACCGCUUCCUGGCUGUCAACAAGAAGCUGGGGCUUAGUGGGCGUCCAGAAAGGCCAGUGGGCUGCAUUGGGACUUGUAAGAUUUAUCGGAUUUUGGGGAAGACGGUGGUCUGCUACCCGAUCGUCUUUGAUCUCAGUGACUUCUACCUGUCUCAGGACGUCAUGCUGCUGAUCGAUGACAUCAAGAACGCCCUGCAGUUCAUUAAGCAGUGCUGGAAGAUGCCCGGACGGCCUCUGUUCCUGGUGCUCAUCAGGGAGGACAACAUUAAGGGGAGCCGUUUUAACCCUGUGCUGGACAUGCUGGCUUCAUUCAAGAAGGGCAGCAUCGGAGGGGUGAAGGUCCAUGUGGAUCGCCUUCAGACCCUGAUCUCUGGAGCCGUGGUGGAACAGCUGGACUUCCUGCGUGUCAAUGAGGCUGAGAUUCCAGAGUUUAAGAGCUUUGAGGAGCUGGAGUUGCCGAAGCACUCGAAGGUGAAGCGCCAGACAAGCACUCCGAACGCGUCGGAUCUGGAGCAGCAGCCCGAGAUCAACAUCCAGGAGUGGUACCACAGACCCACAUACGAGAUCCUGCAGAAGUUCAACGAUUGUGGUUGUCUUGCCAGCCAAGCGCAGCUCGCCAGCGUUCUCCUGAAGAAAGAGGGUCCCGACUUCUUCAGCAGAGACGAGAGCCUGAAGGACGAGCUGGAGCGGAUCUACAGACAAGCGGGCAGCCGGAAGCUUUGGUCCGUUGUGCGUCUUGCUGCCAGUCUCUUAACUAAGCUAGUGGACAGCCUCGCUCCAAGUAUUACUAGCGUAUUAGUGCAUGGCAAACAGGUGACCCUGGGCCUUUUUGGGCACGAGGAGGCGGUGAUCUCGAACCCACUGUCUCCUGGGGUCAUUAAGGACAUCAUCUACAGUAAGUGCAGCCCCCACGGAGAGCGCGAGGCCGUCCUGCAGCAGGAGCUGGUCAUCCACAUCGGCUGGAUCAUCUCCAACAACCCCGAGCUGUUCAGCGGGAUGCUAAAGAUCCGCAUCGGGUGGAUCGUUCAGGCUAUGAAACACGAGUUGGAGAUCCGUGCUGGGGGCAUGCGUGCCCAGGACAUCUACCAGUUGUCCCCCAGCGACGUCAAACAGCUGCUUCUAGAUGUGCUCCAACCCCAGCAGACCGGCAGAUCGUGGCUGAAUCGAAGGCAGAUAGACGGCUCCCUGAACCGAACUCCGCUCGGCUUUUACGAUCGCGUGUGGCAGAUUUUGGAGAGAACUCGUAAUGGCAUCAUGGUGGCCGGCCGUCACCUUCCCCAGCAACCCACUCUGUCGGAUAUGACCAUGUAUGAGAUGAACUUCUCCCUGCUGGUGGAGGACACGCUGAAGAACAUCAUACUGCCUGAAUACAGGCAGAUUAUAGUGGAGCUGCUGAUGGUGGUGUCGAUUGUUCUGGAGAGAAACCCAGAGCUGGAGUUCCAGGAGUCGGUGGAUCUGGACCGUUUGGUUAAAGAUGCCUUCGCAGACUUCCAGAAAGACCGUGGCCGACCUGAGAGGACUGAGAAACAGGAGGACAUGGAGGCGUUCUAUAACACGCCAGCCUUGGGGAAGAAAGGCACCUCCAGCUACCUGACUAAAGUCGUGAUGAUCCAGCUGCUGCAGGGCGAGGUGAAGCCCAGCAAGGACGACCCCUGCUCCGUCAGCUAAACGGCCUGCGUCUCCACCAGCGCUGGACUUUCUCUCUGUGUGUCUUCAAAACGCCCACCGCUGUCCUAACGGACCACCACUCUCAGCUAAAUCUGCCCAACGUGGGAUUUCUUUUCUGCUUAGGCGCUUUUUCACCCCUUGCCCUCUGACAAACUACCGUGAACUCUUACAUCUAUUUUUAAAACUUACGCUUCUCUCACUUUUCUCUUACUGUAGGGGUUUUUAUUUCAGUUUACAGCAGCAGAAUACAGAGCGCUGUCUUUUUUUUAGAUUUUACCUCAGACACCGUGAGCUGAGUUUGUAGCUGAACACGGUUAACAGAUUUACACCUUUGCCUUGCGUUGCCGUCGUGACAAAAGGGUCUAACGAUAACUUAUUCGUGUGAGGAAACUUUGAUGUAACAAGAUUUUAUUCUAGGCAAUUUUUAAGCAUUUCUGUUGGUCCGUUCAUUAUGAAAUAUUCACACAAUGUAAUGUGCAGUCAAAUGGUGGGAAUAAUAUUUAAAAAGUGAGUUAUGAGGUUAUAUCAUAUCAUAUAUAUAUGGAGACAACAAAACGUGUUACUUCUCACUGUGAACAGGAAAUCCAAGGCAACACUGCACAUGAUAUCUUGAUACGUGAACUCAUCUUAAAUCUAGUAGGUAUAGCUAAUGUUUCUAAUUCGGAGGCUAAUAGAAGAGUUUUCAAAUUAUUUAUGGACUUUUUUCAGUGUUUUAAGUAAUUUAAUCUCAGGUGAUUUUACUUUUCAAGAAACAAUGCUUAAAGGAGCCUUUCGUUCUAAAACAUGCAUUGUUAUUUGUCAUGUUAGUCAUGUUACAGCCACCUAGCAACACCUUAGCAACCACCAGAGGUAUAAUAAACCAGUCAGAAACCCUAGUGGCUCCCUGGAAUAACAUGGGAACCAUUUAGCAACACCCUUGGGAUACCAUAGCAACAACCAGGGAUACCAUAGCAACCAUCUGGCAACACCCUAGCAACCGCCAAAGGUACAAUAGCAACCAGUCAGAAGCUCUAGCAUCUUCCUGGGAUAACAUUGGAACCAUUUUGCAACACAUUAGCAACCACCAGGGAUACCAUAGCAACCAUCUAGUAACACCCUAGCAACCACCAGAGGUACAAUAGCAACCAGUCAAAAACCCUAGCAGCUUCCUGGGAUGACAUGGGACCCAUUAAGCAACACCCUAGCAACAACCAGGGAUACCAUAGCAACCAUCUAGCAACACCCUAGCAACUGCCAGAGGUACAAUAGCCACCAGUCAGAAGCUCUAGCAUCUCCCUGGGAUAACAUUGGAACCAUUUAGCAACACCUUAGCAACCGCCAGGGAUACCACAGCAACCAUCUAGUAACAGCCCUAUCAACCACCAGAGGUACCAUAGCAACCAGUCAGAAGCUUUAGGAGCUCCCUGGUAUAACAUUGGAACCAUUUAACAACACCCUAGCAACCACCAGGGAUACCAUAGCAACCAUCUAGUAACAGCCCUAUCAACCACCAGAGGUACCAUAGCAACCAGUCAGAAGCUUUAGGAGCUCCCUGGGAUAACAUUGGAACCAUUUAGCAACACCCUAGUAACGACCAGGGAUACCAUAGGAACCACCUAACAACACUCUAGCAACCACCAGGGAUGCCAUAGCAAAAACCUUACAACACCCUAGCAACGACCAGGGAUACCAUAGCAACCACCUAACAACACUCUAGCAACCACCAGGGAUGCCAUAGCAAAAACCUUACAACACCCUAGCAACCUCCAAGGAUACCAUAGCAACCACCUAACAACACCCUAGCAACCAGUCAGAAACUGUAGCAGCUCUCUGGGAUAACAUGGGAACCAUUUAUCAACACCCUAGCAACCACCAGGGAUACCAUAGCAACCAUCUAGCAACACCCUGGCAACCACCAGAGGUACCACAGCAACUAAGCAGAAACUCUAGUAGCUCCUUGGUAUAACAUUGGAACCAUUUAGCAACACCCUAGUAACGAUCAGGGAUGCCAUAGCAAAAACCUAAAAACACCCUAGCAACCACCAGCGAUACCAUAGCAACCACCUAACAACACCCUGGCAACCACCUUGGAAACCUUCCUAUUGGUAACAUCGUCUCCUGCUUUUGUCAGAUAGCCAAGCUCAUGUAAAGCUCUUGUAGUUUCAUAGGGCUACCUAUGUAAGCUUUUCAUGAUAACUCACAUAAACCAUAUGGCUUAUGAAGGCAUCAUGUAGCCUUAUGAACGCUGCCCUUCAGUAAAGCGUUACCGAACAAUCCCAUAAUGAGAUUCCCAUAAUAAAUUCACUAGUAUUAAGAUGAUUUCACUUUAUAAGGUAUCAUUUCAGCAGGGAAUAUAUCCAGCCUCUCCAACGGUCCGGUAAGCAGUGCAUUACAGAAUAUUUUAGUGUUUUUAGAGCUCUGCAUGUUUCCUGUUGUGCAUGGAGGGCCAUCAGUGUUGGAAAUGCAGUUAGUGUAGAUAAAGAACGGUGUGUUUUGAAGUGUAUUCAUAGGUGCCCUUUUUUGAAAAGGGGUCACAGCCUCAGUAAAAGGAGAAAAGGUCGCUGUGCACAUUUUAAAAGGGUUUCGGGCCGUCUUGCCGCAGCACCGGGCCUCCAUUAGUUGACUUUUUAGUUAGAAGAAUAGAGCAGAAAUGUAUUCAGUGUGUCACUGUGUGUGUUUGUGUGAGUGUGUUUGACUUUUUUCUUCCUCUUUUUUUUCCAUGCAAUUUACUGUAGAAAAGAAAUAAAUGCUAAUUGCUCACCUGCAUACUGAUGUGUUCUCAUCUCUUCAGAAGAGAAGCUUUAACAUCCCUGAUAACUAAAGCAUCUGCAGAAAACUAUCAAAAUAAAGUGUUUCCAUCAUGACUAAACUCUGUUUUUACGCCCCCUUAUAUCUACUAUUAGUGAUCAACACCAUCAUUAUCAGAAUUAUAUAUUUCUCCAUCUCCUUUUCUUUUCCCUUAUUUUUCUGUGAUUUUUUUUGUUCAUUGAUUCAUCCCACGGUUUUCAAGAUAGCAACAUCAAACCAACUCCAGAUUCUUCUGUCUGACUUUGGGAUGUGGGUAUACAGCUUUUUGACUGGACGU